UUAUGAAUGAGUGCUACGAUAUAACUAAUGAUGAUAUGAAUGAUAUAAAUAUCACAGAAUCGUCGGGCAAUGAUUUACCGCCGAUUGGCGACAACCAGAACAUUGCGAUAUCCAAACUGACACCAGAGCUCAUACAUAGAGCUGAGGUAGAGGUCAACGAAAAGGAGAAUUGGAAGGAACGGGACAUUCAGGCCUUGAGAGAGAUCGUACAGAAUGAAGAGUUGCUUAACUCCCAGAGCGACGACGCUUUUCUAUUACGUUAUCUGAGGGCCCGUAUGUUUGAUUACGACAAAGCCCUGCAUCUGAUCAAACAAUACUACUAUCUGAUGGCCAACAAUCCCGAACUGUUUGUACCGCCGAAACAAUUGAAAUGUGUGUUCGACUCGCAAACGAUGUGUGUUUUACCGAAAAAAUGUCGAUCCGGUGAAGCCGUUUACGCCAUACGGGCCGGACGUUGGAAUCCCCGAAAAUUUAAUUUCGAUUCGCUAGUAGCGGCCAGUAUUGUUACACUGGAAAAGGCGGCCAUCGAUGAGGUCGUCCAAAUCAAUGGUCUGUUGUGUGUCAUCGAUAUGACCGAUUUCGGUUGGUCACAGUUACGCCGAUUUGGGCCAUCCCAGGCCAAAAAGAUGGUCCAUAUUAUCGACGAAUGUCUGCCAAUUCGGUUCAAAGCCAUACACAUUGUCCACGAGUCGACACUCGCCGACAUUGCGUUCACAAUAUUGAAACCAUUUCUGAGCGAAGAACUGCGCCAAAAGAUAACAUUUCACGGCUCAGAUCUGACACAAUUGCAUCAAAUACUGGCACCCGAUAUAUUGCCCAAAGAAUUUGGUGGCCAAUCGGGUGCCAUCAACUGUGAACAAUGGUUUGACGAAAUCAUGUCCAGCGAGUCCUAUCUGAUGACAAAUCGCCAGAACUAUGGCUACAAAAAAGUAUCAGAUUUUUCCGAUAUCCAAGAGUUGCAAACAUUUGAGAACAGUUUGUUCAGAAAAUCCCAGACAUGUAAUGGCUAUCUAUUUGAUUAUUAUAAGCCAUCGAGAGUUGAAUAACUAAAUUGAUUAAUAAUAAUAAUUAUUAUAAUACUAAUA